GUUUAAUGUUUAAUCAGUCAAUCGCAUUUUCUUGUUUUUGGUUUCUUCACUUUUCCUCUUCACAUUUGCGAUCAUUUUAAUUAUUUUAGUAACUAUUUUGUGCCUUUUUUGUUUAUUUACGAAGACUAGCCUGAGUCAGAAUGUCUUACAGAAAAGCAAAAAUUGGUUGCCGUGAACAUCCAGAUGCAACUUUAAUAGAAGAUUAUAGAGCUGGUGAUAUGAUUUGCUCUGAAUGUGGACUUGUUGUUGGUGAUCGGGUAAUUGAUGUUGGUAGUGAAUGGCGAACCUUUUCCAAUGAAAAAGCCAAUGCUGACCCAUCUCGUGUUGGAGCUGCUGAGAAUCCGUUAAUGGAAAAUAAUGACUUAUCUACUAUCAUUGCCCGAGCUGAGCCCAAUAGUUCUGGUGAAGGCUUUAAAUAUUCAAGUAAAAAACAAAUGUCAAGCUCUGAGAGAAGCUUGUUAAAUGGAUUCAAAGAAAUAAGUGAUAUGGCUGAUAAGAUUAAUCUCGCCAAAACCAUUGUCGAACGAGCUAAUCUCUUAUUCAAACAAGUCCAUGAUAGCAGGACCACAAAAGGCCGUUCUAAUGAUGCUAUUGCCUCUGCAUGUCUUUAUAUUUCUUGUCGACAAGAAGGAGUACCUCGAACAUUCAAAGAAAUUUGCGCUGUCUCUAAAGUAUCUAAGAAAGAGAUUGGACGAUGCUUCAAGCUUAUUCUCAAAGCAUUGGAAACUAACGUUGAUACUAUUACUACAGGAGACUUUAUGGUUAGAUUUUGUUCCAAUCUGGGUCUUUCCUCUGCAAUUCAGAAAGCAGCUACUCAUAUUGCACGGAAAGCUGUUGAAUUGGACAUUGUUCCCGGUAGAAGUCCUAUCUCAGUUGCUGCUGCAGCUAUCUAUAUGGCUUGUCAAGAUUCAAAAACUCCUAAGGAGAUCGGAGACAUUGCUGGUGUAGCUGAAGUUACUAUACGUCAAUCUUACAGACUAAUGGCACCUAGAGCCGCUGAUUUAUUCCCAGCUGACUUUCCACAUAAAGAUGUUAAAUUGAGUUGUUAAAUUCAAUUAAUGACUAUCAGAAUUAAAUUUGAAAUUAACGCGCAGAUGGUCGCGAUAAAAAGGGAUCAAAAAAUUUUCCAACAUGUAUAUUUAAUAUGUAUAUCUUGUGAUUGGAUAUUCAAAUAGCUGUUGUAAUGGUUUCAAAUUUGAUGAACAUUUUACAAACAACCUGAAAAAAGAAGAAAAAAAACAGCAAUUAGUGUUUAUAAAAUUUUGAAGUUGCAGACGAUAAACAUUAAUUUCUCGCAUAAACAAUUCAAUCUUUUACUCACCAUCAAAAUUUAUAAAAUUAUUAACAUCUUAAAUUUGACCCAUUGAUAAACUUUCUUUUGUAAAUUACCUAAAAGUUCAUAUGAAUCAGUAAAUUACUGCUGAGAUAAAUUGUUUAUGUUUAAACUUAAUGAUUAUUUGCCUUAAAUUUCUCAAAAAAACGAGAAUCAAAGGCAGUUAUUUCAAAUUCAAAACUUACCAAUGACAAGCAAUUAUAAUUUCCAGCUCCAAAAUGAUUUUGCUGAGGAUGAUUUGGAACCUGAUGGAAAUCAAGUGACAGGAGGAACAAAUUGUUUACUUUCUAAAUCUACUUUCAAUCGAAGGGACAGAAAUGAUGAAACAUAUUGUGAAUCAAAUUGCAUUGAAUUAUCUUGUUUUACAUUGAACAAGUAAGAAAAUGUUUGUGCUUUCCAUGACAGGUUCAAGUUUUGGUCAAAAAUUGUUAUCCAUUUGUUUCUUUUUUGACCAGAAACUAAUUUAGCAGCAAAAUACACUUUAUUUUAUUCAAAAGCAUCUUUCAAUUUACAUUACCUCCAACUUUCCAAUCAAUGUGACAAUCUCGUGUAAUACAUUGUCUAAUUGUUAUUCCUCAACUAUUUCUUACUUCUCAAGCAGCAACAAUUAUCCCUAAAUAAAACCAUUUUUGUUUUCAACAA